AUGCGAGUGGUGGUGGACAGGGAGUGGGAAGGGGAUGGAGGAGAAGGUGUGCAGAUGUGUAAUUGUGCUGGACAGUUGGAUGGGGUGUGGUUGGGAGGGUGGGAUGGAAAUGAAGACGGUGGUAUGAGGUGGGGUGGGGUGGGGUGGACUGGACUGGAUUGGACUAAGCUGAGAUGGACUGGAUACGGCUGGGCUAAACGGGCUGGGAUGGAGGAGAUGGUCAUGGUGGGAUGGCGUGUGGUGUGGCAAUUGGGCCUUUGA